ACAGGCAAAACUAGAAACCAAGGCCUUAAAAGCAAAACGUCCAGGUUUUACGGAUGACCGCUAUAACGAGACAUCUUACUACAUUGAAAAUGGUCGAUGGGUGGGGGAAAGAAUCCUGGACGUGUUUGCGCGGGAAUUCAGGGCACAUCCGGCCGAAGAAUAUGAACGGUGUAUCAAGGCGGGCACUCUCACCGUUAACUACGAAAAAGUGCCCACCGAUUACCGGCAUGAGGUACCGGUCACAAGUCAACCGAUCACCAUCGUGCACCUGGAUGAGGAUGUUGUCGUCGUCAACAAACCUGCUUCGAUACCUGUUCACCCUUGUGGCCGAUAUAGACACAACACGGUGGUGUUCAUCUUGGCCAAGGAGUACAACUUGAAGAACCUCAGGACAAUACACAGGUUGGACCGGCUGACGAGCGGCCUGUUGCUUUUCGGGAGAUCCCCGAAGAAAGCCAGGCAAAUGGAGCAUCAAAUCAGAAACAGAUUGGUCUCCAAGACGUACGUGUGUCGAGUAGAGGGAGAAUUUCCUGAGGGCACAGUGGAAUGCAUAGAGCCAAUAGAGGUAGUUAGCUACAAAAUAGGAGUUUGUAAAGUGUCACCGAAAGGCAAAGACUGUGUUACGCUCUUCCAAAAACUCAGCUAUAAUGGGAAAACUAGCGUCGUUCUCUGCAAACCGAAGACUGGAAGGAUGCACCAGAUCCGCGUACACCUGCAGUAUUUAGGUUACCCAGUAGUGAACGACCCGUUAUACAAUCAUGAAGUGUUCGGCCCAAAGAAAGGAAAAGACGGAGACUUAGGAGGCAAAACAGACGAGGAGCUAGUGAGAGAUCUGAUUCACAUCCACAACGCCGAAAACUGGCUUGGAAUGGACGGUGAUAGUGAGAUGGCCAUAUUCAACGCUAGAAAAUCAGAAAUAGAUGAUACUUUAGUUGAACCUCUUGUGCCUAAAACCGACGUUCUGGAAGACGACGAUGCCAUGACGCUGGCAUCUCGCGAACAAUCCCCAUGCCAGGAGGAAUCCUCAGCGGGCACCCCAACGCCUCCUGUAGUUACGCCUCCACCGCUUGCAACCGUAAGCCCCUCCCCACCGCCGCCGAUGGCCUCGAACGAUGCCAAGGUCACAGUGGCCACGCAGACGGGUCAAGAGGCGCCAGAUAUGGCCUUCAACCAGGACAAGAUGACGGUGGACCAACACUGUUACGAGUGCAAGGUGCGCUACAGGGACCCGAAGCCCGAGGAUCUGGUUAUGUAUUUGCACGCGUGGACCUACACGGGACCUGAUUGGUCAUUCCAAACCGAACUUCCGGGAUGGGCGAAAGAGGACUGGAUCGAACCAAACUUGGCGUCGACAUGAUGUCGAGCAAUGUAGAGCUUCACAUCAGUUGUGUUUUUCUUUUUUAUAUGUUUAUAAAAACGCUCUGUCUUCAUAUUUAGCUAUAAUUAUGAGAUGUUACGACAAAAGGCAGGGUCCAAGAUUGUACUCACUAAAUAUAUUUAAGGUGAAGGAUGUAGUGCUGGCAUAUGAUUAACAGCAGAUCCAUUGAUCAUAAUCAAUGUAUCGCGAAUCGUUUUAAUAUCAGGGUUACUAAAUAAAUGGCACUAUCUUGAAACGACGACAAUCGAAAUUUUUUAUUCAUACUUUCAUGAUCCACUGGUUGGACAAGAAAACCGACUAUUUCGGAGUAAGAUUAAUAUAGUUAUAUUUUCUUACCUAAAAGAUUUAACAGGGAUACAAGUAGAGACUAUGACGUACGAUUUCCGUGAGGAUUGGUGGAUCUGACUGAUUUUAAAGCAGUUUUUUGUAUAUGUAAAGGUAUGAUCAAAGAAUGUUUUAAUUUGUUAAUACAUCUCAGUAUUAUCAAUCAUGAGUGAUAUGUGACACAAAUGACUUGACAUUUGUGGACACAAAGCCAUAGUUAAAUUUUUGCAUUCUAGAGCUUUCACCAUUUCAGAUCUACUUCAGUUACAAAAACAGUGUUUAAUGUAUAUGGUCUAAGGGAAGGAAUCAAAAACAUCAUAGUUAUUACAGAUGACGUUUGUUUGUUGGUUUGAGAUUUAUUUAGCAUUAACGCUACAAUAUCUAUAAUAUCCAUAUUACACAGUAUAUCACAAAAUAUAUUAUGUCUUCAAGACUAUAUAUUUUUAUACAAAGUUUUACUACUUUGAAUUCUGGUUUUACAUGAGAUAUUUUUUCAAUUUCCCUUUGAACAUUUUCAACCUGAC